GGGCUCCUCCGGCCACGGGGACAGCGGGGUCCUCGAGCGCGCAGCCGGGCGCCGGGACAGCGGGGCACUUUCGGGAGCUCCUCCAGCCGCGCAGGACGCGGUCCGCUGCCCCUUGCGCGUGUCCCCCGCGCGCUCUGCUCCCCUUGACUCGAUUUCCCUGAGCUUGGCUUCUGCCUGCGUCGCCUCCUUCCUCUGGGACUGUUUACUGGCUCUCGGGCUCGCGCACUCUGCUUCGGAGCUAGAGAGAAACACAGCUCGAAGCUGUUUCUCUCCGGCCGGCCGGGGUCUCCGGCGUCGGCGCUCGGUUCUGUCCCCUCCCCCCUUCCCCACCGCACCCCCUCUCGCCUUUGUUUCCCGGCCGGAGGAGCUCGCGGUGCAAACUUGCGAGUUCCGCGGGCUGCGCCCCCUCAGGGCCGUGGGGCGAGGCGGUGGCGGAGUUCCGGUCGCCCCCAAGUCUGGCGUGACCUGCCGGUAGAGGGGCGGGAGGCCGGCCAGGAGCAGCCGGGGGAUCAGAAAGUGGGGGAGUGUCUGGACCCCGGAGACUGUGCCCCUUAGACCAGGACCCGCACAGCGCCUGGCUCACAGUAGCCCCUCUGCCGGGCUCCGGGACGCGAUGGCGGCCAAGCAGCCCCCGCCUCUCAUGAAGAAGCACAGCCAGACGGACCUCGUGAGCCGCCUGAAGACUCGGAAGAUCCUGGGCGUGGGCGGAGAGGACGAUGACGGAGAGGUGCACCGCUCCAAGAUCAGCCAGGUCCUGGGCAACGAGAUCAAGUUUGCCGUCCGGGAGCCCCUGGGGCUGAGGGUCUGGCAGUUCGUGUCCGCUGUGCUGUUCUCCGGCAUCGCCGUCAUGGCCCUGGCCUUUCCUGAGCAGCUCUACGAUGCUGUCUUCGACGGAGCCGAGGUCACCAGCAAGACCCCCAUCCGCCUCUAUGGGGGCGCCCUCCUCAGCAUCUCCCUGAUCAUGUGGAAUGCACUCUACACGGCUGAGAAGGUCAUCAUCCGGUGGACGCUGCUCACGGAAGCCUGCUACUUCGGAGUCCAGUUUGUGGUGGUCACUGCCACGCUGGCCGAGACGGGCCUGGUGUCGCUGGGGACCCUGGUGCUCCUGGCCAGCCGCUUCCUCUUCGUGGUCAUCAGCAUUUACUACUAUUACCAAGUCGGCCGGAAGCCCAAGAAAGUCUAGCAGGUCCAGGGACCUGCGCAUGCUGGGCCCGGGCAGCUCUGGGGCAUCUGUUCCCCCUUGGGUCCUGGAAGGCAGCCCCCCAUCCUGCCCCAGUGCCCGCAGGCAGGCAAGGUGAGCCCCUUCCCUCCUGGGCUUCCAGGCUCACAGGCCAGUUGGGGAGAUGGGCAUCUGCACCCCACUUCCUUACCCUACACAGGGACGGCCCCUUUUCUGGGAUCCAGAGCCCCUCCACAGGUCCCGACCGGAGAGCAGAGUCUGAGGUGUGCCAGGGAGCCCUCUCUUUCUUGUGAGAGCCUACACACUGCCCCCAGCACCCCUCAGAACUGCCCUGUAUGUCUGGACAACCCUAGAGCAGGACCCUGAUCCCCCACCCGCAGCCUGGGCACCCCACGUGCGGGGCCCCUGAGUACCAAGCACACGGGCACACGCCCUUCCCAUGCCCGGCCGAGGCAGCUGGCCCAGAGUUGGCACCUCCCUCGGGCCCACCUGCACAGACUUCCUGUCCCCACCCAGACCCCUCCUCCAACUGGCCGGGUGCGGAGGGGCCUGAGCUCCCUAGCCUGGAAAGGGACACAGAUGGCAGCAGGGGAGCGGUCUGAGGUGAUAGGUGGUUUUGGAGAUGAAGAACAGUUGUUUCCCCUUGUCCCUGUCCCAUCCUCCAGGGCCUGGUUCCCCUCUGGCUGCCCCCUCCCUGGGGACUGAACCCCUGGCCACCUCCAAGGCUGGCUGGGCAGGGUUUUGUGCCCCUCCACAGUGGGGUGAAUAGAAGUGAUUAAGCCAGCCACUUCCUGUCACCUCCCCUUCUCCAAGACAUGGCAGGGCAAGAGGAGACCUUCCCAUCUGCAGCCAGUGACAUGUGCAUGCCUGGUGGAGGAGUGGUUCCACCAGUUACGCAGCUGAGAGGCCUGGCAGGGCCUGAGCUUGCACUGGGCCGAGCAGCAUGGAGCAUGGACUUGGGAGGCCCCUCUUGCCUGGCAUGCUCUGGACGCUCGUCCCUGGAGCCCCACUGCUCUCUGCCAAGCCCUGGGCAGGCAGGAGCCACUGUCUCUUCUGCCAGCGGGCAGUGCCUGCAGCCAAAGCCCCAGACCCAUCUGUGCCAGGCCUUGAGGCCCAGCUGCCCCUCAGUGGGGUGACACGUGGCUGCUGUCCGGCACACUGAGGUUGCCUGGGCAGCAGCCCUGCACGGGGCAUUUGGUGGCUGAGACAGCCAAUCCCACAGCUGUGAGGGACAGCAAGGUGUUGUGGCCCCUGCCUCUGGAGCGGUACAGGGUCCUGGGCUGCCCAAGCCCUGGCAGACGUGUGGGGAUGGAGGACAUUAAGGCAGGGAGGACUGGAGGUUGGAAGGAGGCAGUGGCGCAGGGCAGGGCACCCCGUGCCUGGGGAGGGAGCCAGGCAGGCCCCCCACUGCCACUGGUUUGGGGCGCCCUGGCCAGCCCCUCCCCUCAGAGCCCAGCACCCUUUAUCCAGCUUUGGCCACCACUUGGCCACCCCACUCCUGAGUCAGGACCACCUUUAUUCACGGUCACUAUUUAUUCCUCGUUCCUUCUUUUUGUAAGAAACAGUCACAAAAACCAGUGCAAAACCA